UCAUCCCUCAAUAAACAAAUAGAAGACUAAAUAAAUAGAUUGAACUAUCAAAUAGUUCAUCUCUUUAGAUCCUGUCACCAUGAAGGGGCGCAACUGUAAUCCUGCUUUGCCUCUCGGCAUUGCUGUUCUUGUGCUAAUCCUAGCAUCCAUCUCCCCGGCUUCUUCGCAGCAGCAAGUCAGCUUCAACAUCGGUGGCGGCGCGGCCAAAAAGCCGAGCUCCGGUGGUGGCGCGGGAGCCGGAGGCGGCGACAGCUUUGACCAGUUCAUCGCCAAGAACGUCGAGCACUUUGCCGUCACCGAGCAGAUCUACGCUAGCAAGGCCAAGGCCAGCGGCGGCAAGGUGCUCGACGCGGAGCUGGCGGCGGCCGAGGCCGGCACGGUGAGGUAUGUAGUGAGCCCUGACGGCAAGGGAAAUUUCAAGACCAUCACCGAUGCGAUCAAGGCCGUGCCGGAGAAGAACAAGAAGAGGACCAUCCUCGACAUCAAGCCCGGCACCUACAAGGAGAAGCUGACAAUCCCGAUGUGGAAGCCGUUCAUCACGUUUGUGGGCAACCCGAAGAACCCGCCGGUCAUCACGUGGGACGACACGGCAGGGACGCGCGGCAAGGACGGCAAACCCCUCGGCACCCUCGCCAGCGCCACCGUCGCCGUCGAGGCCGACUACUUCUCGGCCUCCGGCGUCGUAUUCAAGAACCACGCACCAUUGGCAAAGGCGGGCCAAGAGGGCGGGCAAGCGGUGGCGCUGCGGUUGUUCGGCACCAAGGCCGCCUUCUACAACUGCACCAUUGACGGCGGGCAGGACACGCUCUACGACCACAAGGGCCUCCACUACUUUAAGAAUUGCAUCAUCCGAGGGAGCGUCGACUUCAUCUUCGGCUUCGGGAGGUCCCUCUACACGGACUGCACGAUCAUGUCGGUGACGACGGAGAUUGCGGUGCUGACGGCACAGCAGCGGAGCAAGGCCAUCGACGAUAAGGACGCCAUCGAGAGCGGGUUCUCGUUCGUGCGGUGCAAGAUCUUCGGACUGGGCCAGAUCUACCUGGGGAGGGCGUGGGGGGACUCGUCGCGGGUGGUCUACUCCUUCACAGACAUGAGCAAGGAGGUGGUGCCCGUCGGCUGGGACAAAUGGAAGGUCGAGAAGCCAGAUCGGAAGGGUGGUGUAUUCUACGGGGAGUACAAGUGCAGCGGGCCCGGGGCCAUGUCCAACGAGAGGAUCGGGUGGGCGCGGGUGCUCGACGACGCGCAGGCGAGGCCCUUCACCGGCUCGCACUUCGUCUACGGCAACUCCUGGAUCCUACCCCCGCCCAAAAGCAACUUCUAGGUUGCUCAAAAAUGCAACUACUAGCUAGCCCAUUUGUCAGUAACUCGUGUAUCCGAGAUCUCCACUUGUUUUUGAGCUUACACGGCGAUAGCGAAAGCCUGUAUAAUUGACUUUAAGGAAGGUUUGUAAUAAAUUGUGUAAGAGCAUCUUCAACAGAUGAUUUAAUAUAGGGCAAAUGCCCAAAAAACUGA